CUCAGCGGAGAGUUGUUGAGCGAUGGAGAGAUUGUGGAGACUCCGUGCCCCUCCUGUGUGGGCGAGGGAUAGAGGGAGAGCGUGAAGCAAAACAAAAAUAAAAAGGUGGGAGGAGAAUCCUUAAAGUCCUGACUAGAUUGUCGUAGUCAGGGAAUAGGAGCGAGGAAGCCUCCAAGCCCUUCUCUCCCGCGCUGGUGAGAACCCCCGGAGACAGCGGGCGCCGUGAAAUCUACGAGGGGAAAUUAACGUGAAAUUAACCUGCAGCUGGAGACGGCGAGAAACCGACCAGGCUGACAUUGAGCGGUGGGAGCAGAGAGGGCGACCGGAGUCUCAAACACAGAGAGGAAAUGCAACCUUUACCCACAAUCGCUCCUUCUUCUUCCUCUCCACUCCCCCCACAGCCUCCUACAAAACGACCGCAGAGGCUUUUCUGUGGCCGCGAAAUCUAAUUCGAAUUUGACUUAACUAUUUUCAAAAUAGCAUGAUCACCUCGGAACUGGCGAUCGCAGAAAUUGCAGGAACUCGCUGGAGUUGGGCAGGUGGCAGUACCAGCCAUGGACAACACCAUCACCCUGUGGCAGUUCUUGCUGCAGCUGCUCCUGGAGCCCAAGAACAACCACCUGAUCCGCUGGACGUCGAACGAUGGAGAGUUCAAGCUGCUGAAGGCCGAGGACGUGGCCAAACUCUGGGGCUUUCGCAAGAACAAACCCAACAUGAACUACGAUAAGCUGAGCCGAGCUUUGCGCUAUUAUUAUGACAAGAACAUUAUUAAAAAGGUGAACGGGCAGAAGUUUGUGUACAAGUUCGUGUGCUACCCGGAGAUACUGAAGAUGGAUGGCAAUGUGGUGGGCAGGACUGAGAGCGGGGUUGAAUCCAACUUGCCGGAGAUGAGUAGACCACAGAAGGACAAGGAGAACCUCAUCCUGGAGAAAGGAGUUCCGUCCUCCUCCAAGAUCUCCAGCCGUAACGAUUACAUCCGCUCAGGUCUCUAUUCUUCCUUCACCUUGAACUCCUUGCAAGCCAACCCGAACAUCUUCAAGUCCAUCAAGGUGGAGAACCCUGCGGAGAAGAUGCUGGAGGAGAAGAAGCAGCCCCUGGGUCAGGAGCCCGUGACGGUCAUUAAGUUUGUCACCAACCCGCCAAAAAGGUUGUCUCCGCCGCCCGGGGUGGAGGCAUCGGUGAUCCCCGCCCUCACCGUGGCCCCGCCCACGCCAGAGGCGGCUGAAGAGAGACCGUCCGUGGCGGCCGUGGUGACCUCCUUCACCACCACCCCGCCCGUCUCCUCCGUCACGCCAUCGGCGCCACUCCCCCUGAGCCCCGGCUCCCCGCUCUUGGCCUCCUCCUUCGACGCUCCCUCCCAGUUGCCCGUCGAGGCGGAGCUGGCCGCGGAGCCACCGGACGACCCGGCCCCGGGGCCCGUGACCUCGUCGGACGGCGAGGACCUGUCGCUGGACGGCGCGGAGGCCAGGCACCAGAAGGGCCGGUCGAAGAAGCCCAGGGAGCUGGAACUCACGCCCACACUGGUCAUCACCAGCAGUGACCCCAGCCCCCUCGCCUUACCUAGCCCCCCCUUGCCAGCCUCAUCGCUCACGCCAGCCUACCUAACUCAGACUCCGUUCCUGUUGACUCCUAGCCCGCUGCUCUCCAGCAUACACUUCUGGAGCACUCUUAGCCCUGUGGCAGCCCUCAGCCCAGCUCGGAUGACAGGAGCCAGCACUUUAUUUCAAUUUCCUAAUAUAGGCAACAGCCACAUGCAGAUCCCAUUCUCGAGUGUGGACGGCUCUUCGACGCCAACCUCCUUGUCUCCAGAUCUUCAAAAGGCCUGAUCGGGGGAAGGGUCAAAACUGGACAAUCUGCUCCGCCAAGGCUACCGGAGGGUCCACUCACUCACUACGUGAAAGACAGCGAGAUCCAGCGGUGACAACUGCCAACGUAACCCGCUAUCUCCAGCAUCCCGGUCUUUGAGAGUUCCUCGUUUGGCAACGGUGACCAGGGAGGGGAAUGGCCUUAAUCCUGGCCAGAUGCCGAUGUGACAAUAUCCACUUUGUUUCUUUCAGGAUCCGAUUUGGGAUCCGCUUGCUUUAGUGAUUUCACUUUUUCGAACAACAGUGGUUUAUCGAUACAAGCGAUAAGAGGGAGACAACUUUUGCAUAUCUCGUGAUUUCAGCGACACUGUGUACUUGUGCCAAGUCCCUUCAUUUUGUUUCGAAGUUCCCGCAGCGCAGACGGUUCGUGUGCGGUGGAGGAAUGUAUCUCCAAGUAGCCGGUGACGGGGUAUCUAGAUCUUUGUUGCUGCUCUCGGCUUUCAUUCACUCACUCGUUCGUGGGGUUUUGGAGAGGAAGAUCGUGGAUAACUGGAAGACAAAGAGGAGUUGACGCCAAGACUGACGCCUCUCUCGUUGAGCAACGGUGCUUGACGCCCAGUCAUUCUCAAACAUGCCACUGACUUCAGGAGUCUGGAUGACAUUUGCCCGACGACAUAACAUGGCUGCAGAUGGACACAAAAAGCUGGAGUAACUCAGCGGGUCAGACGGCAUCUCUGGAGAAAAGGAAUAGGCGGCGUUUCGG